AUGGCACCCCAACAAACCCGCUUCAUCGCCUUCAUGGCUGUCAUGACAGUCUUCACCGGCUUUAUCCAACCCUGGAUCCAAAAAUCCACCACAAUCUUCGGCUUCAACCGCGAAGCAAUCCAACACGGCACCUCAACCUGCACCCUCGAAUUCCCCUCCCACCUAACCGGCUGUGAAGACAUGCACCUCUACGAAUCCGAGGAUGGGGAGACAAGGAUUAUGUAUCUCGCAUGUUCGGCGGAUUUGGGGAAGAGGACGCAGUGGUUCCCGCCCGGUUUCCAUCUGAAUAAGACGGUGGUGCCGGAGGGACCAGUGAGGGAUAAUGUCUUUGCGUUGGAUUUGAAUACGAAUCACCUCACGAGACUCGACUUCCACAAUUUCCCCGCCGACGAAGACAUCGUCCUCCACGGCUUCGACUUUGCCCAAAACUCCCCGCACCACCUCUCUUUCUUCUUCAUCAACCACCGCCGAACCGGUUCCGUGAUCGAGAAAUUCGCUCACAGCAUCGGGACGGGUCAACUCUACCACCACGAGACAUUCAACGUUUCCGAACACGGUACCCAUGUCCCGAACGACGUCCUCGCCAUCUCCGAUUCCGAGUUCUACGUCACGAACAUGCGCAGCUCAAACCCCCACACCGCCCACCCCCUCUGGUCCCAAUUCGAAAUCUACACCCGUCGUCCCUGGGGCCACAUCCUCCACUACUCCCCCUCCUCAGGCUACUCCAUCGCCGCCUCCAACAUUCCCGGCGCGAACGGAAUCACGGGAACCAAAGACCAGGUUUUCGUCUCCGCCGAAACCGAUGGAGCGAUUUAUGUGUAUUCGAGGAGUGCAGCGGAUGGGAGUUUGGUGAGAGAACAAAUCGUUCCGUUGAAUUACAUGCUCGACAACCCUUCGCUCAACCCUCACACCAACGAACUCGUCAUCGCCGGACACCCCCAAAUCCGCGGAAUCAGCCAACAUCAAGCUAACCCCUCCAUCCCCGCCGGAUCCCUUGUCACCAGAAUCAGCGUGGCGCAGUUAGGUUCAGGUUACUUUGGUGGCGGGAAUGAAGUCGCGGCACCGGCUGUUGAGGUAUUGUUUAGUGAUUAUUCGGGGAUGGUAAAUGCGAGUACGACGGCUGUUGUUGAUGGGGAGGGAACGUUGUGGGUUACGGGGUUGUUUACGGCUGGUGUUGCUAAAUGUCCCAACCCGGAGGGGAAAGUGCAUAACUUCAAGAAGAAGGCGGAGAGGGUGUAUUAG